AUGCCUCAGAGUUCAGGGAGCAAGAAACCGGGAACCGAUCAGCCGGACGUCAGUGGGCCCACCCCCAAAUCACAGAGAACCAAAAUGGCUAAUAAAUCUUCUGAUGAUGGUGACAAAAAGAACUUGGUUAACAAGCUGAAGGACCUGGAAAUCAGUGUACCCAUUGUUUAUGGUAACAUUGCAUUCUGGCUGGGGAAGAAGGCUAGCGAGUAUCAAUCUCAUAAAUGGACUGUGUAUGUUCGAGGUGCAUCAAAUGAGGAUAUUAGUGUGGUUGUGAAGCGCGUGGUCUUCCAACUGCAUUCUAGUUUCAAUAAUCCAACAAGGAUCAUCGACAGCCCGCCUUUUGAGUUAUCAGAAUCAGGAUGGGGUGAAUUCGAAAUUGUGAUUACCCUUCAUUUUCAUAAUGAUGUUUGCGAGAAGCCAGUGCACUUAUACCACCAUUUAAAGUUGUAUCCAGAGGACGAUUCUGGUCCGAUGUCUGUCAAAAAACCUGUUGUAGUGGAAUCUUAUGAUGAAAUUGUGCUUACCGAACCUUCGGAAGGUUUCCUUGCACGUGUGCAUAAUAAUCCGGCAGUUGUUGUGCCUAGAUUGCCACUUGGGUUUCCUUUACCACCUCCAGUGCCGUUGGAGGAUGCGGAGAAAAAGAAAAGAGGUGACACAAAAGAUCAUUCCCUGAGCCAGUGGUUCACCAACUUUUCAGAGGCUGAUGAACUGCUAAAACUUGCUGCAGCCCGUCAACAGGUGCAAGCACAUAUUGCAAGGCUCAGGAGGCAGUUGAAUUUGGUAGAUGGGCAACCCCAACAGCUCAAACCUGUACCGGAUAUCUAA